CCAUGAAUAUAUGGAUAUAUAUUCGGAAAUACGAUCAGAGAACACGACUAAGUUAAUAGAGACACCGUUUGGUGGACGAUUCUGUGGACCAAUUCCACCACGUAGACGGGUUUCUCUGUAUCAAGGAAUUGCUCUCAGUUUCUUCACCGAUAAGAAUAUCACGCAGCCGAACAUUUUCAGCGGUAUUUACAGAUUUAUUAACGCCUCCGAAUACGAGGUUGGCACACCAGAGCCAAGCACACCGUGCUCUUUCAUAAUACAUGUAGAAACUAAACGUAACGGAAACAUACUGUCUCCUACUUAUCCUGGUACUUAUCCGAAAGAUCUUAUUUGUACCUAUCAAUUUGUCGGGCGGCGUGGACAACGUGUGCGGUUGGAAUUUCGUGACUUUGAUUUGUUCUUUGGGGGGCCACAUUGUCCGCUAGAUUACGUGAAAGUGUACGAUGGUCCCAAUAAUUCGACCGCCGUUAUCGGCACGUAUUGCGGCCAGCAACGAAAUUUGGUAUUAUACUCCUCGGAGAACAGUUUGUUCGUGCUAUUUUCCACGUUAAAGCGCACGGCGAAUACACAAAAUCGAGGAUUUAAAGGAAUCUUCGAGUUCUCAGAGAGUUUCGUCAGCUUGGAUUUUAUAACGGAAUAUCAAGGCGAGCAUAUCCGUGGAUCCGAAUGCGAUCAGAAGAUCCUUAGCAAGAAAGAAACAUCAGGAUUCGUAGUUAGUCCAAAUUUUCCAUAUCCUUAUAUACCGAAGGUUGUCUGUCGCUAUUUUAUCUACGGUAUGCAAGACUCGCAACAUUUAGAGCGCGUGCGACUGGAAUUUCUAAUGUUUACAAUACAGAUACCCAAGGGAGAGACAACAUGUACCGACGGCUAUCUAAAAUUAUAUUUAAAAGGUCAAGAAGCGACGGAUUCUUAUGACAAAUUCGAUUAUGAGAUGUGUGGUAAUAAGAGCAAUCCGAGCCACAUAGUGAGCGACGGGCCGAGACUCGUGAUGGUGUUCAGUAGCGGAGAACUGCAGGCACAGGGCUUUAAAGCUAAGUACAUUUUUGAAACGGAAUACAAGAUACCAGGCACCGCGGCGCCCGAUGGCAGUUGCACCUUUACUUAUCGUAGUUCUUCUCGUAAACGCGGCGAAUUCAAUUCACCGCGAUAUCCUAGCAAUUAUCCGAGCGACACGAAUUGCACGUAUCUUUUCCUGGCGACGCCAAAUGAGCAGGUUGCUCUGAUCUUUGAUCACUUUAAGGUUCGCACGAGAAACGAUAAUGUGACAGUAGGACAUUAUGGAUACGAACUCUGCCAGGAUGAUUGGCUGGAGAUUUACAAUAUGUACCGAGAUGAGACGGAGAAAUUGAUAGGAAGGUAUUGCGGUGUGACCGCGCCGGGCCCGGUAGAAUCUAAUCUCGGUGCUCUUGGCUUAAAAGUAAUCUUACAUUCCGAUUCGGAGCUUGUCUAUAGUGGCUUUAAGGCGCGUUACACUUUUGAGAUCGCUAAACCUAUUUUUGGAGACUGUGGAUCAAAUAUUAGUAGUUUAAAUUACGGUAUAAUAACCAGUCCGAAUUUCCCGAACAAAUAUGAUGGUCCGGCAAAAAAUUUAACUACCAAAACUUGCAACUGGUUCAUAAGGGUUCGGCCGAAUCAACGGAUACUUUUAAACUUUGAGCUCUUCUCUGUAGAAGGUCAUCAAUUAGGUAAUAUAUGGAUUUAUUACAAAUUAGUUAUAU